ACACUGGCCGGGCACACAGUGAUGUUUUAAUGGUGAUCCUGAAAGAAAAGACAAAAGGCAAACCCUUCACUAGCACCCUGGGCAAGCACACUGAUCUGCUGUUGGCAGCUUCUCAAGGCCUUGCAGACAGGCUGAGGGGUGAUCCUAUCUACCUGUUACUCACAUGAUCCUGUGGCCACGCCAUUACAGGCCACCCUGAGCCCUGUGCUUCUGUCCCUAUGACAGUGAUGCCUGUGGAAGCUGUGGGUCGGGCCUUUUCCAGGCUGCCCAUGUCCUUCCCCAGGCCUGUAUAUUUCCAGAGGGCCUUUUGGGGGCCUGUCUACAGCAGACCCUUAGCCCCUGUGUUUAUUUUCAUAGAAGAGAUGGGCAGAGGCUCUGUCCCGCAUUUCAGCAUUCUGGAUAGGUCUCACCACACCUGCUCCCCAACCUAUCUUCAGGCCAAGAGGCUGGCAAGACCUGGAGGGCUCUGGGCUGUGCAUGAGGCCCAUACAGGCUGGGAUGUCAAUAGUUGUCCAGGUGCUUACAGCUGGUGUGUCUCUCUUGAGCAUGGAGGCCUUGCUGUGAGGAGUUCCAGCCAAGGCUGCAUCUUGGUGGCGGGGCCUGCUGCCCUUCCUCUGGCCAUGCUGACUCAGGCCCUCCGUGCUCUCUGCCUCUGUUUCAGAGCAGACCUACUGUGACCGGCUGGUUCAGGACACACCUUUCCUGAUGGGCCGUGGGCGCUUGAGUGAGCAGCAGGUGGACAGGAUCAUCCUCCAGCUGAACCGCUACUACCCCCAGAUCCUCAGCAACAAGGAUGCGGAAAAGUUCCGGAACCCCAAAGCAUCCCUGCGCUUGCGACUCUGUGACCUCCUGGGCCACCUGCAGCGGAGCAGCGAGCGGGAUUGCCAGGAGUUCUAUCGAGCCCUGUACAUCCAUGCCCAGCCCCUGCACAGCCACCUGCCCAGCAGGAACACCUUACAGAACUCAGAUUGCACAGAGCUGGACUCAGGCACCGCCGGCCAUGAGCUCAGUGACAGGGGACCCGUGGCCUUCCUGGCCUGUCUCGGCCUGGCCGCGGGGCUGGCACUCCUCAUCUACUGCUGCCCUCCAGACCCCAAGGUGCUGCCAAGGGCCCGGCGCGUCCUGGGCUUCAGCCCUGUCAUCGUGGACAGGCACGUUAGCCGCUUCCUGCUGGCCUUCCUGACGGACCUGGGGGGCCUCUGACGGACCAGCCCCGCCCAUCGCCACCAAAGAGCCCCCCUAACCUCCCCUUUUCUAAAUGCGUCUGUCACUUCACAGUCACUAUUUUCACCUCAGUUCCUGUAAAGCACCUCACCUGAUCCUUACAAAGGUACUCGGUGAUAUUAAAUGUGGGAGUCUCCUCCCUUUUCUCAGGA